GGCAGGGACAUAGAGACACGCAGGGCUUCCCGCUGCUCUCAGUGGAGGAUUGACUCUUCAGGUGUACACACAGUCAGCUCGCGGUGGAAACACUCCACAUAAAUUGCGUUUAUUUUUCUUUACUGCAUUUAUUUGUCUGGUGGGGAUCGACUGGUUGAGGAGAGGGCUUUACUGUGAGGACUGCAGCAGCCACUCUGAGGAAAACAUUAUUUCUACACGACUACGCAUUAGAAGACGAUUGGCUGGUAAGAUUUAUAGGGUCCCCUGAGAGAUCCAAACCUCCUGAUGUUUGAUCAAGCUGACAAUCAAGAGAUGUCGCCCUGAUCGCUGUUUUGUCUGCAACAGCUUUUCGUUAGGCAAGAUGUCAACCACAACAGAAAAUGGGAUGGGAGGGCCUUGGAGCACAGGCAGAGAGAAGACGUACAAAAAGACCACGUCAUCAGCCUUGAAGGGAGCCAUUCAGCUCGGUAUUGGCUAUACAGUGGGCAACCUCACCUCCAAGCCUGACAGAGAUGUGCUUAUGCAAGACUUCUAUGUGGUGGAGAGCGUCUUUCUGCCCAGUGAGGGAAGCAACUUGACUCCAGCACAUCAUUAUCCUGACUUCCGCUUCAAGACCUACGCUCCACUGGCCUUCCGCUACUUCAGGGAUUUGUUCGGCAUCAAACCAGAUGACUACCUGUACUCCCUUGUAAAUGAGCCACUGAUUGAGCUGACCAACCCGGGGGCCAGCGGCUCGCUCUUCUAUCUAACCAGCGAUGACGAGUUCAUCAUUAAAACCGUCCAGCACAAAGAGGCCAAGUUUCUCCAGAGAUUACUACCUGGAUACUACAUGAACCUGAACCAGAAUCCACGCACGCUGCUGCCCAAGUUCUACGGACUGUACUGCAUCCAGUCUGGAGGCAUCAACAUCCGACUGGUGGUCAUGAAUAACGUGCUGCCACGCUCGAUCAAAAUGCACUACAAAUACGACCUGAAGGGAUCCACCUACAAGAGACGAGCAUCCAGGAAAGAGAGGGAAAAGGCCUGUCCAACCUACAAAGACCUGGACUUCCAGGACAUGCACGAAGAAGGACUUUACUUUGACGCAGAGACGUACAACAACCUGAUGAAGACCCUGCAGAGAGACUGUCGGGUGCUGGAGAGUUUUAAGAUCAUGGACUACAGCCUGCUGCUGGGUGUGCAUGUCCCAGACCAGAGCCAGAGAGACGGGGGUGAGCCGGGCCAGGCAGGCGGGGACGGGAGGAGACCUGUGGGUCAGAGGGUGCUUUACUCCACCGCCAUGGAGUCCAUCCAGGGAGACGGCAAGGCUGCCGAAGCAGUCACCACAGACGACACGAUGGGUGGCAUCCCUGCCAAAACACACAAAGAAGAAAAGCUGCUCAUCUUCCUGGGUAUCAUAGAUAUUCUACAGUCAUACAGGUUCAUUAAAAAGUUGGAACACUCGUGGAAGGCCCUGGUGUACGAUGGGGACUCCGUCUCGGUGCACCGACCAGGGUUUUAUGCCAGCCGCUUCCUCAAGUUCAUGAGCACACGGGUCUUCAGGAAGACUCAGCCACUUCGAUUCUCGCCUUCAAAGAGGACUCGUACGUCCAUUCCGGCUCUGAAGUCGUCCUCACAGGAGAUCCUUUCAUCGCAGGCAGAUGAGAGGAACGAGGAGGACGGGAGGGACAGGCUCGGAGGAGCGUACAGCCUGGCCAGUCUGGACGGACAAGCUGUAUUCGGCUCUUACCUGCGUCCCGAUCUGGUCCCCGCCAACCCAUCUUUCUACGAGGGCUCCUCCAUGGGAACCAUCUCCACCUCCUCCAUCUUUGUCAACGUGGACAACCAAACAGAGGAGAGAGAUGACGUUGCAUCCAGCUCCACGUUCACCCUGGAGGACAGCGCAAUCUGCCUCACUUCAGAGCAGAGCACCAUGGACGUGGACAUAGACCGCGAUGAUGGAUCUGUUCUUGAUGUCUACUUGUGAAAAAAAGCAGCUUUACAACCUUCAUUUCCUCCUGCCAAUCAUACGACAAUCGCCGCACUCCAUUGGACCAGCCACACUGGCCUUUGACUCCACUUCCAGUGCUGCUAGAUCCAUGUUGCCACUUGUAUUGCCAACACAUAAACAGACUGAGAUUCUCCACCAGUUGACGGACUAAAAGAAGACACCAACAGUCACAGUGAAGGACAUCUGCAGGAACCACGUGACAUAGAUCAUGUAAUGUGACGGACAUCAGGCUGAACUGAGUGUUGCUUUUUAGAGCAUGCGUCAACGCAGUGCCAUUAAGUUUUAUAUAUGUAUACUGUUUUCAUGGCCUACACAGAGACCGAAAUAUUUACUAUAUAUACACGAGGGUAGAUACAUUUCUUUAAAUGUUUUUUUCUGCUGACCAGAAAGAAAUGAAAGAGCCUUUUCAAAGUUUUGCAACUGUGUAAGUUGCUGAUAAGAAGAGAAAUGUUUACAGUGAAUUUGUGGUGGCGUCUUUGUCCCUGAUCGACAGAGACACGACGAUGUCACACAAAGGACACGAGCCAGCUUGUAGCCACAGACGACACGGAUGAGAAAAGACUCACAUGAGCAGACAUGAUGGAUUCUGAAGCUCCCGAGGCCGAACACAGACUGUGACGUGGCUUAAGUGGCCACCUAAUCCUAACCGGGCUGCUAUUUACGCUGUCCUGACUGACAGGAACCUAAAGCCUGGCGACAAGCUGCUGUAAAGUGAAGUGAGAAAAGACAGUUACUGGAUCUUGGAUGAAUCACAGAACGGAGAGCCGGCGCGCUCUCUCUUGAUCAAAAGGCACUUUUGACAUUGGUUAUGAUAACUGUAAGAAAUAUUUUUCCUCUGAAGACGUUGCUUAGGUGGGUGGGCGACCUGACAUGAGCACAGAUUUGGAUAUGUGAAUAUGCACUUUUCUUCUUUUUUUCUUCCUCUUUUUACUCUACAAGUGCACACCUCUGUAAGUCAUUGAUACUACAUGUACAGAGACAGCGAAGGAACAUUGUAGAUCACUUUUUGAUGUGGAGCUAAUAGUUUUGUGAGGUUUGCGUCAUGACUGAAGAUGCUUUUACUCAGGAUAUCCUUUGAUACUGAAUAAGUGUGUCCUCUUCAAAUAGUUAUGAGACAUGCAUCCUAUGCUUAGAAGCUGUCCAAUACCUCUUCAUCAAGACCAUAUCCAACUAUAAAUGUUGAAAUCCACGAUCACGCGUCGGUUGAGACCAUAAUUUAUUAUGUAAAUCUCAAUAUUUUACCAUUUGCUGAAAAAAAUACUUUAAUCGCUGAAUGUAAAGACAAUGCAUAUUUAUAUUUAGAAGAGACUCCUAUAAAUAAACUGCUAAAAUUCAA